CCCCUCGCGUCGAAAGCUCCGGCCCCGCGCACGCGCGCCGCCCGCCAGUGCCAGACGCCCCCGUGACCAGGUGAAAAAGCCCUUCACGGAGCCAGGGGAAGUCAACUGGCAGAUGCCCUCAACCAUGAUGAUGGAAUGGACCGCCAUGUCUCUUCUCUUCCUUAGAUGCAAGCAAGCCAUAUAAAAGGAAAACGUGUGGCUGCUGCCACUGACAUGUGAUAGUAAGGGCAGUUGCACAACUGCUGAAUAUUUUGUCUUCUGUAAACUGUUUCAGAACUCCAGGAUUGUGACAUGGAGCCCCGGCAGCCAGUGCCUUUGCUGCCUGAACAGAAUUUCGAUCGAGACGUCAAGCCAAACAUGGCUGAGCUUUCUCUGUGGACGGUAGUAGCCGCCAUCCAAGCGGUGGAGCGGAAGGUGGAUUCCCAUGCCGCAAGGCUGCUGAAUCUGGAGCGGCGAAUGAUGACCAAUGAGAAAAAGUAUGUGGACUGUGAGAAUGCGGUGGUAGACUUUGGCAAUCAGAUGGAGUGCAAGUUGACUGCCUUGGGAACCCUGAUCCAGGAGUACGGGCUGCUCCAGAGGAGGCUGGAGAACAUGGAGAACCUCCUGAAGAAUCAGAACUUCUGGAUCCUGAGACUCCCUCCAGGCUCUAAGGGAGAAACGCCCAAGGUGCCCAUGGCCUUUGAGGACAACACAGUCUACUUUUCCGAGCAGGAGUGGGGGAACCUGGAGGAGUGGCAGAAGGAGCUCUACAAGAACGUGAUGAAGAGUAACUACGAGUCCCUGGUCUCUCUGGACUAUGCAAUUGCUAAACCUGACCUUCUGUCCCGGAUUGAACAAGGAGAACGUCCCUGUGAGGAGGAAGAGGAGGUAUCGAAAGACAGAGAGAUUUCUUCAGAACCUAGCCCAGAAAUACUGGUCUUUAGGCCGUGCCUUUCCUCCCCAGCGGAAGAAGGAGAACAGGUGCAGGCUGUUCGAGAAGGGGAGCAAGCUGAAGGGAGGAGGGUCCCACACGCUCCCAACAUCGAUGACGGCGUAGCUGAGACGUCCUUUGGCUCCCACGGGCAGCGAGAUCUGGAGGGGAACGUGGAGGCCGCAGACCUCUCGGAGAAGGGCGAGCUGCAUAUCAGGCCAAGCACGGCCCUCCCAACAAGCCAUGUCUUCAUCAAAAGCGAGCAGGAGGACGACUCUGUGGCCUUCGAGACGUGGAUGAUGCCGGGAGACACGUCCGGGGAGAGUGCUUUGAGGAGAGAAGAGGCCCUCGAGUUCACCGUGUGGCCAAGGGCCCCUCUGGGAGAGCCCGGCGGGCUCAGCUGCAGCAGGGGCAGUGCAGCGGGUGAAGGGGCUGCUGAUGCCCGCCGGGAGCGCAUGAAGACUUUUGGGAGCCAGGCGGCCCGCCGGGAGUGCCCGCAAGCUUGCAGCAGCCUCGGCCCUCCAGGGCGCGGCCUGCCCUCGCCCCUGGCAAACGGCAGCCCCCUCACGCACCCGCCCGGGGGCCGCCUGGAGCACGGGGCAGGGGUGCCCUCGGCCGGCCGGCCCGGAGAGCAGGCGUGGGCUUGCCCGCUGUGCCAGCAGCGCUUCCGGCUCCACGUCCACCUGCUGCUUCACCAGAGCAGCCACCGGGAGGCCGCCGCCGCUGCCGCCGCCGCCAAUGCCGCACCCAACCGCAAGGACCCGCUGGGCUGCCCCUUCUGCCCGCGGCGAUUCGGCCGCUCGGACCACCUGCUGCGCCACCAGAUGAGCCACACAGGCGCCCGGCCCCACCAGUGCCCCGCCUGCGAGAAGAGCUUCACGGACAAGAGCAAGCUGACCAACCACCUCCGCACCCACACGGGGGAGCGCCCCUUCCGCUGCACCGCCUGUGGCAAGCGCUUCGUCCGGCGGCACCACCUGGCCAAGCACCAGCGCACCCACACGCGUGAGCGGCCCCACCAGUGCCCCCUCUGCCCGAAGAGCUUCAUGCAGAAGCACCACCUGCAGAAGCACCUGCGCACCCACACGGGGGAGAAGCCCUACAGGUGCGGCCGCUGCCCCAAGGCCUUCUCCUCCAAGCAGCGCCUCCUGCAGCACUGCUGCGCCUCGACCCCGGGGCCCAGCGCCGGAACCGCGGGCCGGCCCCCGGCCCCCCCUGGGGGGAUGCCCGCCCCCUGACCGCAGGCAAGCCGGGACCCCCCCCGCUCUGCUGGGGCCGCCCGAGUUUGGAGACGGGCGGCCAGCAAGACUCGCCCUUCGUUCGGGGGCAGCAGCUCAGCUUGCUCGGCGAAGAGCAGCACGACGAGGCUGAGCUCCUGUUCGCGCCUCGCUCCCAGUGGACCCUGCCCCCGGUGGGACUUCCACGGGAAUCAGGCUGGGGAAGACUCUGCUCAUCCGGAAAGCAGAGCCUCGGCCAGGCCUUGGACGUCUGCAGCAGUGGGGCGAAUGCCGUGAAUGGCAGCGCGCCCGUUCGGUCUCUCGCCAGCUCUGCGUUUCGUGUCUUCAGAGGUCCCAAAGGGCGUGGAAUUGGAAGGAAAUGGGGCAGAGGCUGCUUUGUCUCAAAGGCCGUCGUGGUGGCUAGUUGUUGUGAAGGCGUGGAUAUCAAGAGCGGCAGGGAGGGGAAGGAACCCUCCCGUUGGCUCAGGCUCUGUAAUGCCUUCCCCAGCCCGAUCCUGCGUGUCUGCCCAGUCGAAUGGGACGCAUUUCCAGGUAGGCAGGACCAGCGCUGAACACGCCAAGAACCCCUGAAUCCCGUGCGGUUGCUUCCUCUUAUUGAGAGGCACACAAGACCUCCGGGAAGAUUCAGUCUGUCUUGCAAGUUCUCCAGCUGCUUGCCUUGCUUCUGAGGCCAUGUGGGAAACUGGUUGUGAGGAUGGGGAAAGACAGAGACGGUACAGGAGGAGGGCCGGAAGCAUGAUUGGAAUACUUUGCUUUUCUUUAAGCUCUACAUUUAUGCUCUUUUAUAGUGCUGCUCUAACUGGGAAAGCUUACCGAAAAGGUGAAACUUGGGGAUUGGUGGCUGAAAGAGAAUAGUUUUUUGGGUUUUCUUAGUUUCUGUAAUAUCUCUGCUCCCGUCUGCUGUCUGUGCUCCAUCUUUUUCCUUGAUUAAAAAAUUACUAUGA